AUGACUGUACUAUAUUACAUAAGGAAUGAGGCAAAGAGAUACCUAACAUUCGUUGCAAACAGGGUGGCUAAGAUCCAUGAGAACACUGUGCCCACACAAUGGAGGCAUGUACCAACUGAUCAGAAUCCAUCAGAUGACGUAUCACGAGGUAUGACAGCUGAUGAACUGAUUGGAAAUGACCGGUGGAAACACGGACCCGAAUUCUUGAAGAAACCAGGGACGGACUGGCCAAACCAGCCAAUUAUUGAUAAACACCAGACUGAAGGAAUUGAGGUCAAACCCAAGGUGAAGGUUUAUGCAACUGGUGAGAUUCCAGAUCAAGGACACCAGGCUAUCAGCAGGAUAAUAAAUCACUAUUCCUGUUGGUAUAGGCACAAGAAGGGGAUGGCAUGGUUGCUACUACUGAAGGUGCUGCGUCAGAAGGUCAGGAAUAAGGGUAAUCCAGUGCAAGGACCCUCAACCUCUCCUUGUGGGGGUCUUACUGUGAAUGAGCUUUGGGAAGCCGAGCAGGAAGUGCUCAAAUUCGUGCAAAGGAAGGCGUUUGAUGAUGUCCAGUCCAAGACCGGCAAGCUAAGAAAGUUGAACCCAGUGCUGGAUGACAAUGGAGUCCUGCGCGUGGGUGGUUGUCUGGGAAAUCCAACCUGCCUGAUCAGACGAAACACCAGAUCAUAUUGCCUAAGAAAGGUCACGUGGUCGACCUGA